AUGCUAUCGGCCACUUACAGUGAUUUGAACACAGCAUCUAAUAUUGAAACGUCAAAGGGAAAACAGGCCGCUCAAAUCCUCAUUGCACAAAUUAGUUUAUUAUUCACGACUCUUAACAACAACAAUUUCGAAUCCGUGGAAAGGGAAAUUAAACAUAUUUUAGACAGAUCGUCCGUAGAUAUUUACAUAAGAGUUUGGGAGCGUUUAUUAACCUUAAGUUCUCGGGACAUUUUACAAGCGGGAAAAUUUUUACUUCAAGAGAAUUUACUGCACAGAUUACUAUUGGAAUUUGCCAAGGAUUUACCAAAGAAAAGUACAGACCUUAUUGAGCUUUUAAAAAAACGAACCUUCGAUAACCAGGGGUUUCAAAAACAAACAGGAAUUACAUUAUCACUUUUCAUUGAUCUAUUUGAUAAAUCUGCAAACAAGGAUAUUAUAGAAUCACUUGACCGCUCCUCUCAGAUUAACGAUUUCAAGACAAUCAAGAUGAAUCAUACAAAUUAUUUAAGGAACUUUUUCCUUCAAACUACACCAGAAACACUAGAGCCCAAUUUACGCGACUUAUUGCAUUCAUUGGAAGGUGAAAGUCUAAAUGACUUGCUGGCUCUUUUACUAUCAGAAAUACUUUCACCUGGGUCUCAGAAUUUACAAAAUGACCCCACACGGAGUUGGUUAACACCUUCGACGAUUUUAGACGCAACUAACUGUGGUGACGUUAUAGCAAGGUCAAUAAACUCUGUGCAACCCAACCAGAUAAAUUGGAACCGUGUGUUUAAUUUAAUGUCAACAAAGUACUUUCUAAGUGCACCAUUAAAGCCUACCACAGCAUCUUUGAGUUGCUUGUUUGCUGCAUUACACGAUGGCCCAGUUAUUGAUGAAUUUUUCAGCUGCGACUGGAAAGUUAUUUUCAAACUAGAUCUGGCCAUUCAACUUCAUAAGUGGUCGGUACAGAACGGCUGCUUUGAUUUACUGAGUGCAGAAGGUACUAGGAAAGUCUCUGAAUCCAUCCCGAACACAAAGCGAUCUUUACUCUACUUAUUAUCUAUUGCAUCACUGAAUUUAGAAUUGUUCCUACAAAGGGAGGAAUUGUCUGAUAGUCCUAUGCUAGCUUAUUUUCAAGAGUGCUUUUUUGAAGAUUUCAACUACGCCCCUGAGUAUCUUGUUUUGGCAUUAAUCAAAGAAAUGAAGCGGUUCAUUUUAUUGAUAGAAAACAGGACAAUCAUAGAUGAGAUACUGAUUACUUUACUAAUUCAAGUUUAUAAUAAAUCACCAUCAUCGUUCAAGGACGUUAUAUCUACAAUAACUGAUGAUUCCAGGAUCGUAGACGCAGCCAAAAUCAUAAUCAAUUCUGAUGAAGCACCUAUUGCAAACUUUUUAAAGUCGUUGUUAGAUACUGGGAGGUUAGAUUCAGUCAUUAAUAAACUUCCCUUCAAUGAAGCUUUUAGAAUUUUGCCAUGCGCAAGACAGAUUGGUUGGGAAGGGUUCGAUACUUUUUUAAAGACAAAAGUUUCACCAUCUAAUGUCGAUGUAGUGCUGGAAUCACUAGAAGCUCAAACGAAAAUGACUGAUGCAAACACUCCAUUUAGGCCAUUAAAAACAUUUGACUUAUUUGCUUUUCAUUCAUUAAUUGGAGUAUUGAACAAAUGCCCACUGGAUGUUCUCCAAUUACGGAGGUUUGAAUCCAUAGAGUUUUCUUUAUUAAUUGCCUUUCCUAGACUGAUAAAUUUUGGUUUUGGACACGAUGAAGCUAUUUUAGCCAAUGGUGACAUUACAGCAAUUAAUAACGAUAUCGAAAAGGAGAUGCAGAACUAUCUACAGAAAAUGUAUAGUGGUGAAUUAGCCAUCAAAGAUGUCAUCGAACUUCUAAGAAGGUUAAGGGAUAGCGACUUGCCUAGAGACCAGGAAGUCUUUACAUGUAUUACUCACGCUGUUAUUGCAGAAUCGACAUUCUUCCAAGAUUACCCAUUAGAUGCAUUAGCUACAACAUCUGUUCUUUUUGGAUCCAUGAUUCUUUUCCAACUGUUACGUGGAUUUGUAUUAGACGUCGCAUUUAGGAUAAUCAUGAGGUUUGCCAAGGAGCCUCCAGAAUCCAAGAUGUUUAAGUUUGCUGUUCAAGCUAUUUAUGCAUUUAGAAUACGUUUGGCCGAAUAUCCACAGUAUUGUAAGGAUCUGUUGAGAGAAGUUCCGGCUUUAAAGUCUCAAGCUCAAGUUUACCAAUCCAUCGUUGAGGCUGCCACAUUAGUAAAUGCCCCAAAGGAAAGGCCAAGACCUGCCCAGGAAAUGAUCCCACUAAAAUUUUUUGUCGUGGAUGAAGUCUCAUGUCAGAUCAAUCAAGAAGGUGCUCCUAAAGAUGUCGUAGAAAAAGUUCUUUUUGUUCUCAAUAAUGUUACGCUAGCUAAUUUGAGUAAUAAGGUCGAUGAAUUGAAGAAAAAUUUAUCACCAAAUUUUUUUUCUUGGUUUUCCACAUAUUUAGUUACUCAAAGGGCCAAAACAGAACCUAACUAUCAUGAACUUUAUAGUAAGGUUAUAGUUGCUAUAGGAUCGGGAUUACUGCACCAAUUCAUGGUCAACGUUACUUUGAGACAAUUAUUUGUUCUAUUAUCCACAAAGGACGAGCAAGCUAUCGAUAAGAAGCACCUAAAAAACUUGGCCUCAUGGUUAGGCUGUAUCACUUUAGCUUUAAACAAACCAAUCAAACACAAGAACAUCGCCUUCAGGGAAAUGUUACUUGAAGCCUAUAAGGAAAAAAGACUGGAAAUAGUUGUCCCGUUCGUAACAAAGAUUUUACAAGGGGCUUCUGAAUCAAAAAUUUUUAAACCACCGAAUCCAUGGACUGUUGGUAUAUUGAAGCUGUUGAUUGAGUUAAACGAAAAAGCAAACUGGAAAUUAAGUUUGACCUUCGAAGUUGAGGUCUUAUUAAAGUCUUUCAAUUUGACCACCAAAUCCCUUAAGCCCUCAAAUUUCAUUAAUACUCCUGAAGUUAUAGAAACUUUAUCAGGAGCUUUGGGUUCAAUCACUUUGGAGCAACAACAAACGGAACAGCAAAGGCAAAUUAUGCUAAUGCAACAGCACCAACAGCAGAUGCUAAUAUACCAACAGAGACAGCAACAACAACAAAGGCAACAACAACAACAACAACAGCAUCAUAUGAGUGCGAAUACAAUCACAGAUCAACAAACGAACUUUGGUGGCGAGGGAUCAAUUUCACAUGAUAAUCCAUUCAACAACUUACUUGGUUCUACUAUUUUUGUAACCCAUCCUGACUUGAAGAGGGUCUUUCAAAUGGCUUUAGCCAAAUCAGUGCGUGAAAUUCUGUUAGAAGUGGUUGAAAAGUCAUCAGGAAUUGCUGUUGUUACGACAACAAAAAUAAUACUCAAAGACUUUGCCACUGAAGUUGAUGAAUCUAAAUUAAAAACCGCUGCAAUCAUUAUGGUAAGGCAUUUGGCACAAAGUUUAGCUCGAGCUACCUCGAUCGAACCAUUGAAAGAAGGCAUACGUUCUACUAUGGAAUCACUAGCACCAAACUUAAUGUCCCUUUCUUCUUCUCCAGCAGAGGAACUUGACACGGCAAUAAAUGAGAAUGUCGGUAUUGCUUUAGUUUUAAUUGAAAAAGCAUCUAUGGAUAAGUCCACUCAAGAUUUGGCAGACCAAUUGAUGCAGGCGAUUGCUAUUCGUCGUUACCACAAGGAAAGAAGGGCUGAUCAACCAUUUGUUACUCAAAAUACCAACCCGUAUUCACUAUCCUUACCAGAACCUCUUGGAUUAAAAAAUACUGGUGUUACUCCUCAACAAUUUAGAGUAUAUGAAGAAUUUGGUAAGAAUAUUCCAAACUUGGAUGUCAUUCCAUUCGCAGGAUUGCCCGCUCAUGCUCCACCGUUAACUCCAAACAUGGGUCUAUCUCAACCACAGCAGCAACAAGCACAAAUGCCUACUCAGCUCUUAACCUCCGAACAAAUAAGAGCUCAACAACAGCAACAACAGCAAUUACAGAAGAACCGUCUGAAUCAACCAUCCCACUCGUCCCAACCCCCGGUUGUAAAUGUGCCGAAUCCUCAAGGUGGAAUUGCUGCGGUUCAAUCAGAUUUGGAACAGAACCAACGUGUUCUUGUGCAUCUCAUGGACAUUUUGGUCUCUCAAAUUAAGGAAAAUGCUGCGAAGAAUAACUUAGCUGAAUUAGGUGAUCAAAAUCAAAUCAAAACCAUCAUUUUUCAAAUUUUGACGUUUAUUGCAAAGAGCGCACAAAAGGAUCAGUUAGCAUUAAAGGUCUCACAAGCUGUUGUUAAUAGCCUUUUUGCUACUAGCGAGAGUCCUCUUUGCAGAGAAGUUUUGUCCUUACUUUUGGAAAAGUUAUGUUCUUUAUCUCUCGUUGCUAGAAAAGACGUUGUUUGGUGGUUGGUUUAUGCCUUGGAUAGUAGAAAAUUUAAUGUUCCCGUUAUCAGAUCCCUACUGGAAGUUAAUUUAAUUGAUGCUACAGAAUUAGAUAACGUUCUAGUUACUGCAAUGAAGAAUAAAAUGGAGAACUCCACCGAAUUUGCGAUGAAAUUAAUCCAGAAUGCUGUGUUGUCUGAUGAUCCAAUUUUAAUGAGGAUGGACUUCAUUAAAACCUUGGAACACUUAGCUUCUUUAGAAGAUGAAAACGUGAAGAAAUUUAUCAAAGAAUUCGAGGAUACUAAGAUAAUGCCAGUGAGAAAAGGUACCAAAACUACAAGAACAGAGAAAUUUUACUUGGUGUUUACAGAAUGGGUAAAAUUACUUCAAAGAGUUGAAAAUAACGACAUAAUCACAGCUGUUUUUAUCAAACAAUUAGUCGAGAAGGGCGUAAUCAGUGAUACCGAUAAUUUAAUUACAUUUGUCAAAAGUUCUCUUGAGUUGUCAGUUUCUUCAUUCAAAGAAAGUGAUCCGACUGAUGAAGUUUUCAUCGCUAUUGAUGCUCUAGGAUCGUUAAUUGUAAAACUGUUGAUUUUGCAGGAUUUCAAAGAUGAUACAAGAAGAGAUUACAUUAACGCAAUAUUUUCUGUGAUCGUUUUAGUGUUCGCUAAGGAUCAUAGCCAAGAGGGUACCACAUUUAAUGAAAGACCAUAUUUCAGAUUAUUUUCUAACAUCUUAUAUGAGUGGGCUACCAUUAGGACACACAAUUUUGUUAGGAUAUCUGAUUCCAAAACCAGACAAGAGCUAAUUGAAUUUGAUUCUGUAUUUUACAACACUUUCUCAGGAUAUUUGCACGCUUUGCAACCAUUUGCCUUCCCUGGAUUCUCAUUUGCAUGGGUGACAUUAUUAUCACACAGGAUGUUAUUACCAAUUAUGUUAAGAUUACCCAACAAAAUAGGUUGGGAAAAGUUGAUGCUUUUGAUAAUUGAUUUGUUUAAGUUUUUGGACCAGUACACGAGUAAACAUGCCGUCUCUGAUGCUGUUUCCGUUGUUUAUAAGGGAACACUGCGUGUUAUUUUAGGUAUUUCGAAUGAUGUACCAUCCUUUUUAAUUGAAAAUCACUAUGAAUUAAUGAACAAUUUACCUCCGACAUACUUUCAACUAAAAAAUGUCAUUCUAUCUGCUAUUCCUAAACAUAUGACCGUUCCCAACCCGUACGAUGUGACUCUUAAUAUGGAGAAUAUUCCUUCAUGUAAGGAACUACCCGAAGUGUUCAUUGAUCCAGUAAUUGAUUUACACUCAUUAAAGAAACCAGUUGACAACUACCUACGUAUCCCUUCCAAUUCAUUAUUAAGGACCAUUCUAAACUCCAUCUAUAAGGAUACGUAUGACAUAAAAAAGGGCGUUGGCUACGACUUUUUAUCUAUCGAUAGUAAACUGGUCCGUGCUAUCGUAUUACAUGUGGGUAUUGAAGCAGGAAUAGAAUAUAAGAGAACGUCUUCAAAUGCGGUAUUCAAUACGAAGUCUUCCUACUAUACUCUACUGUUUAACCUGAUCCAAAAUGGUAACAUUGAAAUGAAAUAUCAAAUCAUAUUAGCUAUUGUAGAACAAUUGAGAUAUCCAAAUAUUCACACCUAUUGGUUCAGCUUUGUAUUAAUGAAUAUGUUCAAAAGUGAUGAAUGGAAUGAUCAAAAGCUUGAGGUUCAAGAAAUCAUCCUGAGAAACUUUUUAAAAAGAAUUAUCGUUAAUAAACCACACACCUGGGGUGUAUCUGUUUUCUUUACUCAAUUGAUAAACAGUAGUGACAUCCACCUUCUAGAUCUGCCCUUUGUACAAAGUGUUCCAGAAAUUAAACUAAUUUUACAACAAUUAGUGAAAUAUUCCAAAAAAUACACCAACUGUGAACAAGAUGACAAAUCCUCUACCGUUGAUAGAAGGCAAACCCCCCUACAAUCCAACGCAUAA